AAAAACUCCACAGCUCUCCAUUGAUCUAUCAGCCUUGAGAAUUUUCUCCGAUGUUACAACCUUAUCCGCUUCAGUUUUAGGAUAUAUGUUUGUAAAAAAAUAAUAAUAAAAAAAUAAAAUAAAAAUGUGGCUCCGCUUUUAUCAAACUCACAACAGUGAUUGAGACAAACUGGCAAACACGUUCCUCCAAUCACUCCCCCCCCUUCGGGUUUUUCUUGGAGGAUUCUCAAAAUUGAUCGAGAGUUUUUUCUUCUUUUUUUUUUGGAUAAUAAAAUUGAUCAAGAGUUGAUUUUUGUGUUUAAACGUGUGGCUUUUGAUAAACAAAAAGACCACGUGUAACGACACCCGUCACUAGGAAACCUUCUCUCUCUCUCUGGAGGCUAGAUUCUAGAAUAGCGUUCACUUUAAACUCUGCAAUUCCAAAUUCCCAGUUCCGAAUUUUCCAAUCCACCGAACCAAAAAAAAAAAAAAAAAAAAAACCAUGGCUUCGGUGCCUUUCUCUACCACUUUUUCUUUCCAGGCCAAAGGGAGCCGAAAUUCUUCUACUUUAUGGCCUUCCAUGGCUUUCUCGAUCCCAUUUACCAAAUCCCCACUUGGCUCCUCCAAAUCGGCCCUUUUCCGUAAUGGGUUCUCUUUACAAUCAUCUGUUCUUCCUGGAUUUUUCGUAAAGUCCCGUUCUCCGGGUAUUUACGCAAGAGCAGCUACGGAGAAGAGUCUCUAUGACUUCACUGUAAAGGAUAUUGAUGGGAAAGAUGUUUCUCUUGGUAAAUUCAAGGGGAAGGUGCUGUUGAUUGUAAAUGUUGCUUCAAGAUGUGGUUUGACACCUUCAAAUUACUCUGAGCUAUCACACUUGUAUGAGAAGUACAAGACUCAAGGAUUUGAGAUACUAGCUUUCCCUUGCAAUCAGUUUGGGGGUCAAGAACCCGGCUCGAAUCCGGAAAUCAAGCAGUUCGCUUGUACAAGGUUCAAAGCCGAGUUCCCGAUAUUUGAUAAGGUUGAUGUGAAUGGACCAAACACUGCCCCAGUUUAUCAGUUUCUGAAAUCAAGUGCAGGAGGUUUCUUAGGUGAUGUAGUCAAGUGGAACUUUGAGAAGUUUUUGGUGGACAAAAAUGGUAAAGUUGUUGAGAGAUACCCACCAACAACAUCUCCUUUUCAAAUUGAGAAGGACUUACAGAAGCUACUUGCAGCAUGAGCGCACACAGGUCGUGAUUUCCCUGUAUUCUGGAGGAGUGAAAUUAUUAUUUAGUGUGUAUAAAUCUCUGCUUAAGGCCUUCCACUACUUUUUUGGGUUCUUUUUAAAUUCUUGUAGGGAAGAGAUGUUGUAGUAUCAAUGAUAUUUAUAUGUUUGCAAAUAAAAUGUUUCUCUCAUAUA